GCGGUGGCGCACACUCAUUGGCUCCCUUCCCAGUUCAGUUGUUGACUUCAUGCGCCACGCCGCGAGACCCCGCCGCUCCUCGAGACCCCGCGCCCGUUUGUCGCGACCGCGCUUGCAGCGACCGGAGACAGUUUGAGCGCCGAGCCCCACGCCGCAGGGCGAGAUGAAAGCGCUGGCCUCCCGAGCCGUCCGGACCCGCGAAUGCUCCUGGCAGCCCAAGCCGGCGCUUUUGCCCCCGAGGUGACGCGCAGCCCGCAUCCGCCCAGACAGAUGGCUCCAGGCCAAGUGCCCCAGCCCCUCCCCUGGAGGGAUGCCCAUCCCUUCUUCCUCCUGUCCCCGCUGAUGGGCCUCCUCAGCAGGGCCUGGAGCCGGCUGAGGGGCCCAGGACCUCUAAAGCCCUGGCUGGAGGACGCAGUAACGAGUGCAGAUCAGGGAGAUGCUUGCCUGGAGGAAGCGACUAAGGCUGCUUUGGCCACCCACUAUGCCCCAUGGGGUGGGCACCCUCCGCGGGAGCCUGGAGACAGUGGAAGAGCUGUGGAGGAUGGCGGGUCGUCCUGCCCUGACCGAGAGACCAACAGUUCUCUUCUUGAAGCCUGGGAUCUUUCAGAAGAUGAUGAAGAAUAUGGUGGGGAAGAAGCAACCAGCAUCCCUAAAGAGCAAGGAAGUGACUAUAUAGGUGGCCAGCCUGCUCCCAUGACCCUCAGCCUUCUGAGAACCCUGCAAGAUCCUCCUGGGGAAGAGGAAACUGAGGAAGGAGGAGUUGCUGAAGAUAAAGUGAUGACAUUCUUCUCUUUCCCUCCGUCACACUGGGAGCACUGUCCAGGGAUGGAGGAGGAGGAGGAUGGAGAAGGUGUAAAUAAAGUUCCCACAACAUCUACUUCCCCCUCAUCCCCAGGAUCCAAGCCCAGUGCUUGGGUGUGUGCUGCAGGGGCAGAAGAGGCUGGAGCUAAGGAGGAAGAAAGAACGGAGAGUGAAGACACCGGGAAGACCUCCAUUACCUCUUCAUCUGCAGGCGCCCGCCCCAGCGCCUGGGAGUGUAAUUCAGGGGAGGAAUCUGAGGAAAAGGAUGGAAAGGCUGAGAAAGAAGCCGACCCAGAGCCACACUCCUCAGUUCUAAGCCACAGGCCCCUGCUCAGGACCUGGCAGCAUCAACCCAAUAAGAUCACAGAGGAUGAUGAAGAGGAGGAGGAGGAGGAGGACAACGCUUCAGGGGAAGCUGAGGGUCUGUCAGCCAUCCCCACCACAAGUACCUUCUUGAGGGCCUGGGUGUACCAACCAGGAGAGGACACAGAGGAGGAAGAUGAGGACAGUGAUUCAGGAGUAUCUGAGGAGGAGGGAGAAGCUGAGGGUCCCUCUUCGAUUCCCCCCACAAGUACCUUCUUGAGGGCCUGGGUGUACCGACCAGGAGAGGACACAGAGGAGGAAGAUGAGGACAGUGAUUCAGGAGUAUCUGAGGAGGAGGGAGAAGCUGAGGGUCCCUCUUCGAUUCCCCCCACAAGUACCUUCUUGAGGGCCUGGGUGUACCGGCCAGGAGAGGACACAGAUGAGGACAGUGAUUCAGGAGCAUCUGAGGAGGAGGGAGAAGCUGAGGGUCCCUCUUCGAUUCCCCCGACAAGUACCUUCUUGAGGGCCUGGAUGUACCGACCAGGAGAGGACACAGAGGAGGAAGAUGAGGACAGUGAUUCAGGAGCAGCUGAGGAGGAGGGAAAAGCUGAGGGUCCCUCUUCGAUUCCCCCCACAAGUACCUUCUUGAGGGCCUGGGUGUACCGGCCAGGAGAAGACACAGAGGAGGAGUAUGAGGAGAAUGAGGAUGAGAAAGAUGAUUCAGAGACAGCUGGCUCGGACCCAAGUUCUUCCCUUCAGGCCCAGAGUGCCCUCCUCAGGGACUGGACAUACCCACCUGGAGAGGAGGCAGAGGGAGUGGAAGCUGCUGAGGAAUGGGGAGAAGCUGAGCCCUUCCGAGUGGCCAUCUAUCUACCAGGAGAGAAGCCACCACCUCCCUGGCCUCUUCCUCGGCUGCCCCUCCGACUGCAAAGGCGGCUCAAGUCUGCAGGAACCCCCACCCAGCAUCCGGACCCCGAGACUCCCGAAAAGGCCAGAAAGGUGCACUUCUCUGAGAAGGUCUCCAUCCAUUUCCUGAUUGUCUGGGCUGGACCAGCCCAGGCUGCCCGCAGGGGCCCCUGGGAGCAGUUUGCCCGGGAUCGAAGCCGCUUUGCCCGCCGAAUUGCCCAGGCUGAGGAGAAACUGGGCCCCUGCCUCACCCCUGCAGCUCGGGCCAGGGCCUGGGCACGCCUCGGGGACCCUCCCUCUUCUCUGGCUGCCAUACCUGCCACGACCCAGACCUUGCCCACAUCCUGUGUCCAGGCCACACUCUUGAGCCAUACUGUGGCCUCUCCCUCCCCUCUUUGUGUGUCCGUGUCUCCUGCCUUAGACCUCAGUGGGAGGCGUGGCUAGGAUCCUGUGGUUUUUGUGUUAUUCACUAUUUAUUUUUUUACCAGUUGGUUUAAGAAAUAAAAUCUUUUGGUUUGUACUGAG